AUGGACUCGGAUCAUCCACCUCGGGUCUGUCGGAUCUGCCUGGAAACAGUCCAGCCGACCUUCCAGCCCUCUGAAUUCCUGCAGAAGCCGCGUGUGAUUUAUGAGUCGCCCGACCCUGAGCUCGGCCGCCUAUUACGUCCCUGCCCAUGCAAAGGGUCCUCGCGCUACGUCCAUGAGGGCUGUCUCCAGUCCUGGCGACAUGCCGACCCCAAAUAUGGGACGAGGAACUUCUGGCAAUGUCCCACUUGCGGCUUUCAGUAUCGGCUAGGGCGUCUGACAUGGGCCCGCUGGAUCAGUAGCGCCGCCGCCCAACUAGUUUUAACACUCGGCAUUCUUCUGUUAACUAUCUUCCUACUUGGAUUCGUUGCUGACCCCCUCAUUGAUUUCUACGUCGGUCCUGUGGACAUUUACCCAGACGUGGAACUGGAAGAAGAGGCGUCGUGGGUUGCGCAUUUCAUCAAGGGCCUGGCGUCCUUGGGCAUGUUGUCCUUCCUCAAGGCGUUGUUUACUCUGUCUCCAUUCUAUUGGAACAUGCGCUCAUCGGGCGUAGUAUCGACCGGCCGGAAUACUGGCCGCAAUCGGGUUGCCAACCUGAAUUGGGUGGUGAUCCUACUUGGUGUCGGCACAUUUCUUUGGGCAGUAUGGAAGGGCGUCCGGUCAUGGAGUAGACGCACAUUAGAAAAAGCCGGCGAAAAGGUCAUGGAUGUGCCCUUGCCGGAGGAAGAAGAAGAACAUCCCAAGGACGAAUAA